AUGGACCGAAAUCUCGAUCCAUCUAUCGUUGCCGAACGAAUGCAAGAACCUAACAUAUUUAGAAAGGAUGAAUUGGAGGUAGUAGGACAGCGAACGCCUAAGAACAAACACCUUCCAGACGCCUUCGGUCUUCGCGCUCCUCCUCCUGCUCCACGCCCAUGGCGGGGGGGCUCCUCCUCCUCGUCCUCGACUGCCCCAUCCCUGGUGGACUCACUGUUCCAGCGCUCCCUGGACGACCUGAUCAAAUCCCUGCGCUCCCAGCCCGCCAGCGCCGAGCCCGUCCUCCUCUCCCGCGCCCUCGCCGAGAUCCGCCGCGAGAUCCGCUCCCCAGACCCCGACACCAAGGCCGUUGCCCUCCAGAAGCUCACGUACCUCUCCUCGAUCCACGGCCUCGACGCCUCCUGGGCCGCUUUCCACGCCCUCGAGCUCCUCCCUUCCCCCUCCCCCCUCCACAAGCGCCUCGCCUACCUCGCCGCCUCCCUCUCCUUCCACCCCUCCACCACCGACGUCCUCCCCCUCUCCACCCACCAGCUCCGCAAGGAUCUCUCCCCCUCCUCCCCUCCCCCCUUCUCUUCCCUCGCCCUCCACCUCCUCUCUCUCUCCGCCUCCCCCGACCUCGCCCGCCACCUCGCCUCCGACCUCAUUCCCCUCCUCUCGCCCCGCGCUAGUAGCACCAUCACCAACACCAAGAACAACAAUAACAAUUCUUCCCCUCUCCGCCCCAAGGCCGCCGCCGCCGCCCUCCGCGCGCUCUCCCUCUGCCCCGACGCCGUCCCCCUCCUCUUCAAGCCCCUCGUCGACUGCCUCUCCUCCCCCGUCCCCCGCAUCGUCUCCACCGCCGUCGGCGCCUUCGCAGAGCUCGUCUCCACCACCGACCCCGCCCCCUACCUUCCCCUCGCCCCCGAGUUCUACCGCCUCCUCACCGAUUCCCGCAACAACUGGGUCCUCAUCAAGCUCCUCAAGAUCUUCGCCCGCCUCGCCCCCCUCGAGCCCCGACUCGCCGCCCGCCUCGUCGACCCCCUCUGCGACCUCCUCCGGCGCUCCUCCGCCCAGUCCCUCGUCUUCGAGUGCGUCCGCACCAUCUUCUCCGGCUUCCCCGACCACGACCACGCCUUGCGCCUCGCCGUGGAUAAGGUCAAGGAGUUCCUCGCCAACGACGAUGACCCCAACCUGCGAUACCUUGGGCUGCGCGCCCUCACGAUGAUCGGUCCACGGAACUCCUGGGCCGUGGAGGAGAGCAGGGAUUCCGUGAUCCGGUCCCUCGCCGACCCCGACCCCGACCCCAACAUCCGCCGCGAGGCCCUGCGCCUCAUCAUGGGGAUGGUGUUCGACACCAACGUCGUCGAGAUCUCUGUCAUGUUGGUCAACUACGCCAUGAAGUCCGACCCCGUGUUCGCCAACGAGAUACUCGACGCGGUUCUCACCACCUGCGGGAGGAAUGUGUACGAGUUGAUCGUGGAUUUCGAUUGGUAUGUCUCGCUUCUCGGGGAGAUGGUCAGGAACCCACACUGCGCUAAGGGGGAGGAGAUCGAGCGGCAGCUCGUGGAUAUCGGGCUGAGGGUCAGGGACGCGAGGCCGGAGCUCGUCCGCGUGGCUCGAGAUCUUUUGAUCGAUCCUGCUCUGCUCGGCAACCCGCUUCUCUGUAGGAUACUGUCUGCGGCUGCUUGGGUUUCGGGGGAGUACGUCGAGUUCUCGAGGAACCGGUUGGAGCUUGUUGAGGCCCUGCUGCAGCCUAGGACUAGUCUUCUUCCUCCAUUGGUGAGAGCUGUUUAUAUUCAAGCUGUGUUUAAAGUUCUUGCCUUUUGUUUCAAUUCAUAUAUCGAUCAACCAGAAGCCAGUCAAGUUUCAUCUUUGGGCAAUUCAACCACUGGAUUAGGGUUGACCAUAGAAUGUAAUGCUGCUGCUGCUAAUUGCUUAUCUGAUGAUAUUACUGGGAUGGAGAGUGCUGAUGGCAUUGCCUCUUUAUUAAGUUCGAUAGAGAAGAAAGAUCCCUUCUUUACAUGCGAAUAUCUUAGCCACAUUCUAUAUUUGAUCGAAACAGCAGUGGGUCCGCUAUCAGAGAAUGCUGAUGUAGAGGUUCAGGAGCGGGCAAGGAAUGUUCUUGGUUUGAUACAUAUGUUGAAAGAGAUUCCAGUUUGGAAGACUGAGGAGGAGGGCUUUAAAAAAGAUAAAGAUAACAGGAUUGGUAAAAUUAUGAACCUUAUGCGAGCACUGUUUUCUGAAGAGCUAGGUCCAGUUUCUGUGAAUGCUCAAAAGAGAGUUCCUGUGCCUGAGGGUCUUGUUCUUAAGGAAAAUCUUGCUGAUCUUGCCAUGAUAUUAACUGAGGGUGAUAUUGCUCCAUCCAUGUCAAUUUCAUUUUCCCUUCGAAGUCAUCAACACAUGGAGAUCAAGGAUGAAGCCAUGCCAUCAGUUCAGUCAACAUCCCUGCUUGCUGAACACCGUAAACGACAUGGACUAUAUUAUCUUUCUGCAGAGAAAGAUGAUACUGAAUCGAAUGAUUUUCCACAUGCCCUCGACCCUCUACUGCCAGGCAGUCAUAGUGAUGCCACAGAGGACCUUGUAAAGCUCACUGAGCAAUCGCUGAUUCCCAGAAAGGUAAAGCCCACAAAGCCACGUCCCAUAGUGUUAAAACUGGAUGAAGGUGAUGGAGUCUCAACUUCUACUUCGACAACAGUGAAGGAAUCAAAAGAUGAUUUGCUAUCUGGUGCAAUACAUGAUGUUCUUUUGGGCAAUGAAGGGAAACCAUCAUCAUCACAAAAAAGGUCUUCAAACAAGUCUUCUGGAAGAAGGGUGAAAGAAGUGUCAGAUAAUAGUGAAUCUGUUUCCCAGUCAAAAGAAAAUCUAGAUCUGGGUGAUAGAGAAAAUCGGAGUUCUAGGAGGAGUAAACAUCGUAGCCAUGAUAAAGAAAGACAUAGAAGCUCUCAGAAUAAUGAGGAGAAAGAAGAGAAGAGUCAUAGGAACUCAACAAGGAGUAGUCAUCAUCAUGAAAGACAAAAGCAUAGACAAAGAGGGGAGGCUCCUCUAAAUGUGGUUCCACAGGCACCAGUCAUCCAAGAUCUCCUUUUAUGAUUGAUUCUAGUCUGUUUGGUUCAUUGUUUAUCUAAUUGUAGUUUUGAAGGAAUUUAGAUGAUGUGAUAGCAAUAUUGUUUGUUGCCUUUCUGUGAAGGUCAUGUUCACAACUUCUUUCUCCCUUUUUAUGUGGUCAACAUCCUCUUUUGCCCUAUUUAUCUCAUAUGAAAUUGUUUUAACAUUUCAAUCCUGUAUUAUUAUCUUAUGGAAUAAAUCUCAUUAAGAUGCUCUGUGAAUGUUGUUUUGUA